AUGAAUGACCUUUUUGCAGGGUGGGACAAUGUAUAUGGCUUUGACAUGAGUUGCAUCAGAAACGUGGCCUUAACUGAACCGUUAGUUGAUGUAGUGGAGGCAAAACAAGUGGUCACUAACUCAUGUGUAGUGAAGGUAAGGCUAAUGCACGUAGUAGGUGACACCCACAUGUUCAAGUAUAUGUAAGGGGCUACUAUACAUGUACAGUGUAGGUACCAUAUGUGUAUGAUGUUUUUUGAUGGUAUUGCAAAUAGGUUUACUUUUUCUUGCAACACUCGAAAGAGUGUUACGAAACAUUCAUUGUACAUAUAGGAUAUGCAUACAAAGAUGUAUAUAUAACAAAAAUAAGGUCCAGUGAAGCAUAAUAAUAUUAUUUUCUUAACUACAGCUGUAUAUGUACCUUCAGGGUUUUGGAUAAUAUAUACAGCGCUAGCUGUACCUGUAGUCUGUAUUUGUGAUGUAGACUUCAGUACUUUGCUACAUAGCCACUACAAGUACAUUGUAUGACCAAGCUUGAAUACUUAAUUUUUGUAAUAAAUGUAAUUGAAAAGGAAUUUUUUUUCUGCAACAGGAAAUUGACCUGCAUACAGUGAAGAAGGAAGACCUAUCAUUCAGUUCCCCUUUCCAGCUGUACUGUCGACGAAAUGACUACAUCCAUGCUCUUGUUGCUUUCUUUACUAUUGAGUUUACACACUGCCACAAAAGAACGGGAUUCUCUACUGGUAAAUCAUCUUCUGUAUACAAAAUGUCUGGGGCCAUUUUUCAUGCAUAAAGUUACACUUUACCUUCAUGUUAUAUAGCACAGUGAUAACUAAAAUGUAGCGUGACUUCUUGCAUCGAGAAAAAUGUAUUUUUUGAUGCAACAGGUUACUCUAAUUUUCCUGGUACAACAGGUCACACUUCAUUUUCAAAUUAUGCAGCACGCUGAGGGCCACAGUUACCUCUUUUUAUUUUGCCAAAUUUCUUUUGACUAGAAAAAAAAAUAGAGUGAUAAAAAUUAAUGACAAGCAAAGACAAGAGUAUAAUAGACUCUUUUUGUUUGAGAACUUGAAUCAAACAGUAUUUUUGUAUCCCACCUUCAGAAUUAUUGUUUUUCUUACAGACAUUAUGGACUUAUGAAGUGCUUACAUGGUGUUUCAGUUUCUAUGGAAACAGAAAAAUAGUUGUUUGGUGCAGUCACACCCUGUGCAUGACUUCAAGAGUUCAAUAUUAAUGUUAGUGUUUUAUUAUAGCUCCUGACUGCCACUAUACCCACUGGAAGCAAACUGUAUUCUAUCUUCACGACUACCUGACUGUCAAAUAUGGGGAAGAAUUAAUAGGAGAAUUCAAAAUGAAACCUAACCCAAGAAAUAAUGUAAGUACAUGAAUACACAUCUUUGUCACUGCUGGUCCUGUUUUUAAUGCACUUCCAUAUCUCAGUGUAUUCCAAUGAAGACAAAAUUAUUUCUUUAUUAUUUUCUUUAGUUUUUAAUGCACUUCCAUAUCUCAGUGUAUUCCAAUGAAGACAAAAUUAUUUCUUUAUUAUUUUCUCAUGAACUAAGGAGUCAUCUAAUUUGAACCCCAGGAGGGCUGGGUACAAGUCUGUUUAUUGUGGGAUAAACAAAAUGAGACCCUCGGCUUGAAAUUAGGCAAUAAUGUUAUAUUGUCAGGGUUCGCACACACCUUGUAGGUCCUUGAAGGUCCUUGAAUUUUAAGAUAAAAAUUCAAGGCCUUGAAAGUCCUUGAAAAUUGCAGUCAGUGCUGGUAAGUCCUUGAAUUUUAAUGCUAAGUUUAUACUUAAAAGAAAAAGGAGCAACAGAGAAAGACUUUCGGGAUAAAAUUACUCACAUGUGGAUGAACUAAAAAAGACAUGGAUUCAAGGCUCUUUUUUUGCACUGAAUGUGUGAUUAGGAGCAAAGAUGAAAUAUGCCAUGGAGUCCUUGAAAAGUGGCAAAUGUGUCCUUGAAGUUUUUGUUCAAAAAAGGGGAGUGAACCCUGUAUUGUUAUUGAGAGACUUUUCUUGAAAUCUGAUUUCAGCGUGAUCUGGAUUUUAACAUCAGUGUGGACUUCAGUGGCGAGCUCUGUAACUAUCAAUCUACAGCUAACUACAGAAUGCGAUAG